AUGACCAAUUACUCUAUUACUCCCUCCACCUUCACCUCUCCUGCAACUAAUAAAUUAGAUAACGCGAGUGAACGUACUGCUUUUUCGCCGUUACUUUUUAACGUGUGCAUCACUAUUUCCAUUUUAUUCAGAAAGAUAAUUAAUGAUUUGAGUUAUCGGUUAUUCCUGGCAGAGUUACCCAAGACAAGAAAUUCUGCCUCUGUGUACAGAUUUGUGAUAGCACAUGGAGAUGUCCGACUUUGGGAAAUCGAGAAGGUUGGCCGGGCCGAAUUCUACAAAGGAUUGACAGAAUACCCUGAUUUAUCAAAGGGUUUUGGUUUGGGAAGUCAAGAAUAA